CUGUCACUGUCACUGAGAAUUUGGGAAGAUGCGUCGAUGGCGUUUGUUUUGUAUAAUCUUGGAUUAAUAAACCUUGAAUAAUCAGAAUAUAACUCAGAUUACCACAAUGAGCGAGCGGAAAAGCAAACAGAGCAAAGCGGACAUCGCGAAGCAGUUUGACUUGCCUGAACGGCAGUCGAAGAUCACGUCGCUGCUGCACCAGGCAGGGCAGGCCUACUGCAUCUGCAGGUCCUCGGACAGCUCCCGGUUUAUGAUAGCAUGUGACGCCUGUGAAGAGUGGUAUCACGGAGACUGCAUCAAUAUAUCUGAGCGAGAAGCCAAGUACAUCAAGACCUAUUUCUGUGAUCGCUGCCGAGAAGAAGAUCCGAGUCUAAAGACCAGGUUCCGUCCUCAAAAAAGGGAAAAUGAAGCUGAUUCAGGUCGUGAUGACAGAAAGAAGAAAAGAAAAGAGAGAGACCAUUCCGAGAACAAAUCUUCCAAGAAGACUAAAGAUAAAGACGGGUGUGGAGACUGCAGCGGCUGCCUUCAGACCACUAACUGUGGCUUCUGCGAUGCCUGUGAGGAGAUGUUCAAGUACGGCAGCUCCCACAACAAGAAGCUGAAGUGUGUGCAGUGGACAUGCGUCAAGAACCAGCAGAGCACCAAGAAAGUGUCCAAACCAUCCAGCAGUGCCCGAAGGAAAGAGAAGAAACACCACGAGAAAGAGAGCUACGAACCAGAGGAAUCCAUUUCGCACCUGCAGACCUCAGCCCCGAGGCAGUGCUACGGGCCUCAGUGCACGCGCGCCGCGCAGUACGGGGCUAAAUACUGCUCUAGUCAAUGCGGACUGAGGCUGGCUACGGCUAGGAUCUAUCAGGUCCUCCCGCAACGUAUCCAAGAGUGGUCCCUCUCCUCCUGCCGAGCCGAGGAAGCCAACCGGAAGGCUCUGGAGGUGGUGCGAGGGGCUUUAGGCAAGGCGCAGGCGGCGCUUCGGUCGCUGGACAAACAGCACGAUGAGAUUGAUGCCAUGCUGGCGCGGGCCAAGAGUAGUAGUAUUGUGCAGAGUGUGGAGAAGGAAGCGGACGACGAGACCUCAAUGUACUGUCACACGUGCGGACACGAGAUCCACUCGCGGACCGCCGUCAAGCACAUGGAGAAGUGUUUCAUCAAGUACGAGUCUCAAGCGUCGUUCGGGUCAAGACAUAGGACACGUAUAGAUGCACGGACCAUGUUCUGUGAUUACUAUAAUGCUAACAACGGGACGUAUUGUAAGAGGCUUAGGGUAAUGUGUCCAGAACACUUCAAAGACCCUAAAGUCAGCGACACAGACGUAUGCGGCUGUCCACUAGUGAAGCGAGUCUUCGAGCCGACUGGAGAAUUCUGUCGAAACGCCAAGAAGUCCUGUCUCAAACACUACCAGUGGGAGAAGUUGAGGAGAGCUGAGAUUGACAUGGAGAGGGUGAGGCAGUGGUUGAAGUUGGAUGAACUGGUUGAACAGGAAAGGAGUAUAAGGCUGGCUAUGGCUUCCAGGGCUGGAGUGCUAGGCCUGAUGCUGCACUCGACGUACAACCACGACGUGAUGGAGCGUAUCGCCGCCGCCGGAAACAAACCCAGCGAGAACGGCAAGAGCGACUCCUGACACAGACACAAGCGGGAGAGAAAGAGAGGGGAGAUGAGACGAAGUGGUCACGCAAAGAGUAGCGGCGAGCGGGAGAAGAAGGUUGUGGGUGAUGAUGAAUAGUGUGGUUUGAUUGAAGUGAUGUAACACCAAUGAUGUUGGCAUUGGAAAACUAUGUUAUGAUAAUAAUUUUGUAAAAAUACUCAUACUUCCUUAGCUCUCGCUAGCUGUAGCGUUGACUGUUGGCCCAACAGUAGAAAUCAAAGAAGAUAAUAGAUGGGACUUUUCUUAUUAGAUUGUAUCGUUAGUAUGCUAUCAGUAUCUCUAAUGUAAAGAGAUAGGUAGUGUCUGAUGUCUUGUCAUCACUAAUGUAUAGUGGUUUAAAUCCCAACAACUAGAAAAUGUU